AUGUUCGGUCUGCAGGAGCAUCUGAUCAGAGACGCGAGCGGAGCGAAGCAGCGCGCCGUGGACGACAUGGAUCCGGUCCGCUCCUGGGUGCGCAACGUCGGCGUGGUGGACGCGAACGUGGCCGCGCAAAGCGGAGUGGCUCUGUCGCGGGCACACUUUGAGAAGCAGCCCCCCUCGAACCUCCGCAAAUCCAACUUCUUCCACUUCGUGCUGGCGCUGUACGACCGGCACGGGCAGCCCGUGGAGAUCGAGAGGACGGCCUUUGUGGACUUUGUGGAGCACGAGAAGACUGGAGAAAAGACCAACAAUGGAACACACUACAAACUCCAACUCCUCUACAGCAACGGUGUGAGGACAGAGCAGGACCUGUACGCACGCCUCAUCGACUCAGUCACCAAACAGCCCAUCUCGUACGAGGGACAGAACAAGAACCCGGAGAUGUGCCGUGUGCUGCUCACUCACGAGGUCAUGUGCAGCCGCUGUUGUGAGAAGAAGAGCUGUGGCAACCGCAACGAGACGCCCUCCGACCCGGUCAUCAUCGACAGGUUUUUCUUGAAGUUCUUCCUCAAGUGUAACCAGAACUGUCUGAAGACGGCCGGCAACCCCAGGGACAUGAGGCGCUUCCAGGUGGUCCUGUCCAGUACGGUCAGUGUAGAUGGACAUGUCCUCGCUGUGUCUGACAACAUGUUUGUCCACAACAACUCCAAACAUGGGCGCCGCGCGAGGAGACUGGAGCCGGGGGAGAGCGCCGAGAACCCCAUCGAAUACGCCACCCCGUGUAUCAAAGCCAUCAGUCCGAGCGAGGGCUGGACCACAGGGGGCGCUAUGGUCAUCGUCAUCGGGGAGAACUUCUUUGACGGGCUCCAGGUGGUGUUCGGCAGCAUGCUAGUGUGGAGUGAGCUGAUCACCCCACACGCCAUCCGGGUGCAGACUCCUCCUCGGCACAUCCCCGGGGUCGUGGAGGUCACUCUGUCCUACAAGUCCAAACAGUUCUGCAAAGGGGCCCCGGGACGCUUCAUCUACACAGCUCUGAAUGAGCCCACUAUAGACUACGGCUUCCAGCGUCUGCAGAAGGUCAUCCCACGACAUCCAGGAGACCCAGAGAAGCUCGCCAAGGAAAUUCUGCUGAAGAGAGCGGCUGAUCUGGUGGAGGCUCUGUACGGAAACCCUCACAGUAAUCAGGACAUGUUGUUGAAGCGGGCGGCGGACAUCGCAGAGGCCCUCUACAGUGUCCCUCGGCCCCACAGCCAGCUCCAGGCCCUGCCCAGCUCCCCGGCCCACGGCAGCGUCAUGGGCCUGGGCUCCUACCCCUCACAGCUGGGGGUCAUCGGAGAACCCGUCCAGAGCAGCCAAGGGUACAUCCGUAACUCCAGCAGCCUGUCUCCUCGGGGGUACCCCUCGGCCUCCACUCCUCAGCAGGGUGGCUACGGCAGCAGCGGGGGCAUGACCGGAGGGUACGGGACCGUCCCUAUGACCAGCCUGGGAGUGCCAGGCUCGCCCGGGUUCAACAGCGCUUCCCCGACCGGAUCACCGUACAUCAUGCCCUCCAGCCCCACGGUCCCGGGCAGCUCGUCCUCCUCCUCCCUUCUGCCCUUCUCCUCGUUCCCGUCCGCCGCCAAACAGAAGAGCGCCUUUGCCCCGGUGCUGCGACCUCAGGGCUCCCCGUCCCCGGCCUGCCCCGCCUCGUCCGCCAACAGCUUCCGAGGCAGCCACCCCAGCCACUAUCUCACCCCGCUGUCCGAACUCACCAAUGCAGUCUAG